CUCACUUGAUUUUUUUUUUCCUCUCCCUCUCUCCUAACUUCCCUCGAGAGGAGAAGAACAAGAAGAAGAAAGAAGCAGCAGCAGCUAACAGUAACUGCUACUGCUAUGUCUCAACCCAUGGCUAUGGCUAUGGCGUCUUCUGCUACUACUUCAACAGCUUGUGCCUCUCUUCUCUUUCCUCCUCAUACUAACUCUCGCACAACAAACUCUCCAUACUCCACUCGUUUUCACGCUCGAUUCCGUAACAAUCGCCUCUUCUUCCCUUCUUCUUCUCCAAGUGGAAGGAGAACGCAUAAAGCUAUUCAUGGCGGUGGAUUCGGUUUGCGACGGAACAAGGGAGAUGUUACCUGGAAACGUUCCACUUCUUUCUUCGGUGAACUCGCGACGAAGUCGUUUUUGUUGCCGCAGCAACAUACGCGUAGCUGUACCUCUUGCUGUCGUGCUUCCGCCACUAAACGCCGCACAAGUUUUCCGAGAUUCGUUCCUGGAGCUUUUCUGGAUAAAUCGUCAUUCUGUUUGUCGAAGAGUAGACUCCAACGUCGCUCUGCUCAAAUUCCACAUGCAACAGUUGGUCCAGAUGAGCCUCAUGCAGCAAGUACAGCCUGGCCAGACGGUAUUUCUGAAAAGCAAGAUUUAGGUUUAUUUGAUUCUGAACGAGAGCGGAUUGAGGAGUGUCUAAAUUCUGAACUUCCAUAUCACCCUAAGUUGCAUCGAGGCCAGCUAAAGAAUGGGUUGCGUUAUCUCAUUUUGCCAAAUAAAGUGCCGCCAAACAGGUUUGAAGCACACUUGGAAGUUCAUGCGGGUUCAAUAGAUGAAGAGGAUGAUGAGCAAGGCAUUGCUCAUAUGAUUGAACAUGUUGCUUUCCUUGGAAGUAAAAAACGUGAGAAGCUUCUUGGCACAGGAGCUCGUUCAAAUGCUUAUACUGACUUCCACCAUACAGUGUUUCACAUCCAUGCCCCUACUAGCACCAAGGACUCUGAUGGUGAUCUGCUUCCAUUUGUUCUAGAUGCCUUAAAUGAGAUAGCUUUCCAGCCAAAGUUCCUUGCUUCUAGAAUUGAAAAAGAACGACGUGCUAUACUCUCGGAGCUUCAAAUGAUGAAUACAAUAGAGUACCGGGUUGAUUGCCAGUUGUUACAACAUCUGCAUUCUGAAAACAAGCUGAGCAAGAGGUUUCCAAUUGGAUUAGAAGAACAGAUAAAGAAAUGGGAUGCAGAUAAAAUUAGGAAAUUUCAUGAGCGUUGGUAUUUCCCUGCAAAUGCUACCUUGUACAUUGUGGGGGAUAUUGAUAACAUCACAAAGACUGUUUAUCAGAUUGAAGCUGUUUUUGGACAAACAGGUGUAGACAAUGAGAAAAGUUCUGUCACCACUCCAAGCGCAUUUGGUGCAGUGGCUAGUUUUCUUGUGCCUAAGCUUUCUGUUGGUCUGGGGGGAAAUUCAGUUGAAAGAUCAGCAAAUACAAUUGAUCAAUCAAAAGUGUUUAACAAGGAAAGGCAAGCUGUUCGUCCUCCUGUGAAGCAUAAUUGGUCGCUUCCUGGAAGCAGUGGCGAUUUGAAGCCACCACAAAUAUUUCAACACGAGUUGCUUCAAAAUUUUUCAAUUAAUAUGUUUUGCAAGAUUCCAGUAAAUAGGGUUCAAACAUUCAAUGAUUUGCGUAACGUCUUGAUGAAAAGAAUAUUUUUGUCUGCUCUUCAUUUUCGUAUCAAUACAAGAUAUAAGAGUUCAAAUCCACCAUUCACUUCCGUUGAACUGGAUCAUAGUGAUUCUGGAAGGGAAGGAUGUACUGUGACCACUCUUACCAUAACUGCAGAACCAAAGAAUUGGCAAAAUGCAAUUACAGUUGCUGUUCAAGAGGUUCGGAGACUUAAAGAGUUUGGUGUUACCCAGGGUGAAUUAACUCGAUAUUUAGAUGCCCUUUUGAAAGAUAGUGAACACCUUGCAGCCAUGAUUGAUAAUGUAUCUUCUGUUGAUAACUUGGAUUUCAUCAUGGAAAGUGAUGCUCUUGGCCAUAGAGUUAUGGACCAGAGACAGGGACAUGAAUGCUUACUUGCUGUUGCAGAGACAGUAACCCUUGAGGAGGUCAAUUCUGUCGGUGCUAAGGUGUUAGAAUUUAUAGCUGAUUUUGGAAAGCCUACUGCACCGCUUCCUGCAGCUAUUGUUGCUUGUGUUCCAACAAAAGUUCACAUUGAGGGAGCAGGUGAAACAGAAUUUAAGAUAUCUCCAACUGAAAUUACAGAUGCUAUGAAAGCAGGAUUGGAUCAGCCUAUAAUGCCAGAGCCUGAGCUUGAGGUGCCAAAGGAACUAGUACAAUCAUCCCAGCUAGAAGACUUAAAAAAGGAGCGUAAGCCAGCCUUUAUUUCUGUAAGUUCUGAAACAGAUGUUACAAAGCUUCAUGAUGAGGAAACUGGGAUCACUCAACGUCGUCUUGCAAAUGGAAUUCCUGUUAACUAUAAGAUAUCAAAAACAGAAACACAAAGUGGGGUGAUGCGGCUGAUUGUCGGUGGAGGACGAGCCGCUGAGAGUUCUGAUUCAAGAGGAUCCGUGAUUCUGGGUGUUAGGACACUUAGUGAGGGAGGUCGUGUUGGCAAUUUCUCAAGGGAGCAAGUUGAACUUUUUUGUGUGAAUCACCUGAUUAAUUGCUCCUUGGAAUCUACGGAGGAAUUCAUAUCUAUGGAGUUUCGUUUUACUUUAAGAGAUAAUGGAAUGCGUGCUGCCUUUCAACUCCUCCACAUGGUGCUCGAGCAUAGUGUAUGGCUAGAUGAUGCUUUUGAUAGAGCAAGGCAAUUGUAUCUGUCAUUUUAUCGAUCCAUCCCAAAGAGCUUGGAACGCUCAACUGCUCACAAACUCAUGGUUGCAAUGCUAGAUGGUGAUGAGCGAUUUAUCGAGCCUACACCAAAAUCAUUGGAAAAAUUAACCCUUCAAUCUGUUAAGGAGGCUGUAAUGAGUCAAUUUUUUGGUGAUAACAUGGAGGUAAGCAUUGUAGGUGACUUCACUGAGGAGGAAAUUGAAUCCUGUAUUCUUGACUACCUUGGCACUGCUCAGGCCACAAGAAAUUAUAAGAAAGGGGAAGAACCCAGGCCACCCUUAUUUCGACCAUCUCCGUCAGAUUUGCAAUUUCAAGAAGUAUUUCUAAAAGACACUGAUGAAAGGGCAUGUGCUUAUAUUGCCGGGCCAGCACCAAACCGUUGGGGUUUUACUGCAGAUGGAGAAGACCUGUUAGAGUCAAUCAAAAAUGAUGAUCAAUCAAAAACCGAUGUUCCGCAGAUGGAAGGUGGUCUUAGAAGAAGCCUUCGUGCUCAUCCUCUUUUCUUUGGUAUAACUAUGGGUUUGCUUGCUGAGAUUAUAAAUUCUAGGCUCUUCACAACUGUCAGAGAUUCACUGGGGUUGACCUAUGAUGUAUCGUUUGAAUUAAACUUGUUUGAUAGGCUUAAACUAGGAUGGUAUGUGAUCUCUGUGACAUCAACUCCAAGCAAGGUGCACAAAGCUGUUGAUGCAUGCAAGAAUGUUCUUAGAGGUCUGCAUAGCAAUAAAAUUACUGAGAGGGAACUGGACAGGGCUAAGCGGACACUUUUGAUGAGACAUGAAGCUGAAAUCAAGUCUAAUGCCUAUUGGCUGGGAUUGUUAGCUCACUUACAAGCUUCUUCUGUACCAAGGAAGGACAUAUCUUGUAUCAAGGACCUAACAUUUCUAUAUGAAGAUGCUACUAUUGAGGAUGUAUACCGUGCAUAUGACCAGUUGAAAGUGGAUGAAAAUUCUCUAUAUGCAUGCAUUGGGGUUGCCGGGGCUCAGGCUGAACAAGAUAUAGCAGCUCCUUUAGGAGAGGAAGAAGCCGGCGAUGCUUAUCCAGGUGUUAUUCCCAUGGGAGGACGUGGUUUAUCUACAAUGACACGUCCUACUACCUGAUGCUUUUGGGUACUUCCCCGAGUUGCUACAGGAUCUUGAGGAGCCAUACUUGCAAGUACGACAACUGGUUGUGGUUCGAAGAAGCUGCUGCAUGCAUUCAUUUACUUCACAUUCAAACAAGUCUACAGUGAAAUGUUCGAUCAACCUGACAAGUGGUUCAUGAUUUCCCCCAUUUAUCUUUGUAUCUUUAGUUGAACCACAAAUAAAAUGUUACUGCUACCUGUACUUAACAAAAUUUAUAGGAUUAGAAUGAAGAAAAAUAUAGAGCAAUUCACCACUAAGAUGUAUAGGUCCCAUUUUUUCAUCCGUUGGGCCAUAUUGUUUUUGGGGUUCUCUGGCCACAAACACAUUGUUUUUUUGUCGAAUAAAAGUGUAGUUAUAUAAAUUGUAAAUCAUUGUUUUCGAACUUGUUAAACUA